GUUCUCCGCCCAUGGCUAUCUGGCGUUGUUCCCUUUCACACACGCCUUCGCAGCAAGCUGCCUGGAGCCAUUGGAGGAGCCCCCCUCACCACGAAUUCUUUGGAGGAAGAUCUGUGGAACGCCUUCGCCAGAUCAGCCCAAAUGACUUCGACGAGCGCAUACGACUGGGGAAGCCAUUCAUCAUCGAAGACGCAGGCGAGAACUUGGACUUGGUUGGCUCCACCUGUCAGCAGUUCCAUGAGCGAUUUCCGUCUGCCAAGAUGCGUGCCGAGUACUCCGGUGGCCGGAGAGAGAUGUUCGUUUCGCUUGGAAGCAAGGCAUGGUUUGAGAAGGACCGGCCUCAAAGAGCUCUCCAGGACCUUCCCGGGAGUCUGGCUGCCACCAACGCACCCUACGUAUGGCACGUGAAGGACGGAGGCCAUGAAGCGCCACCCGAAGUGCGUGCUGCAGUGCAAGAGGCAUGGCAGCCGCCCUAUUUCGUGCGUGGUGCUGUGAACCUGCGGGAGGCCAACGAGUCGGCGGAGUUCUGGUUUCAUCGCCGCAAUGGAGCUGUGAUGGCCCAUGCGGACACUUACUGCAUACCUGCUGUUUCCCUGCAGAUCACUGGCCAGAAGCAUUGGCGCCUCAUGCCGCACCCAAAGGUGCACUUUUCGCGGGAUGCGCCCGAGCCGCACGAUGGCGGGAUCUAUGGAGCUGAUUGGCUUCCAUUUUGGGAAGCCACUGUGCAGCAGGGUGAGGCUAUUGUGUUCUUCCCCAACAUCUUCCACGAAACGCAUGUUCCUGAGGACAAUCCCGAGUGCACAGUCGCCACCACUUUCCAGAUUCAGCUGCCCAUCCCGGCGCGCUACUUGAGAGCAUACUUGCCCACUUUUGCUAUGUCACACCUCUACUAUGAGGGCCACUGCCGCGACCUUUGGGAUCCGUAUGCCACCCUGCGACCACCGAAGGCGGCCAAAGCUACAACGAAGGAGGCCGCAAUAGAAAAGGAACACGCUUCCUUGGUGGCAUCAAUCGACGACGAUGAGGACGGCUUCAUCUCAUUGGAAGAACUGGAGGCCUUCUUAUCGGCUCAGCGCCAUGUGGCCUCUGCAGGGCGGCUGUGGGCCGCCCCAUGGCCCCGCUGGUUUUAUAGCGAGGAUUAUUUCUAUGAUUGGCGCCCUGAGAGCUCGCUGGUUGAAGAGAUGCAGGCCGAAUUGCUCAAGGCCAGAAUCCAGGAUUCUAUGGCAUACUUGGACUGCUGCCCGGCAGAUGGUUUUGUCUCAUCUUUUGAGCUCUUCUCAGCUCUCCGGCAGUGGCAUGUGGUGCACAAGCGUUUACAGGCUGCAGAGCGGCUCAGGCUGCAGGGGAAACAGCACAAGGUUCACAAGCUCGAGCUUGACUUUGCAACGAAGUUGCUUGCCAAGUUGUUCUACCAAUCAAAGUUAAACAGCUCCAUCGACGAUGUGUUUUUACCAAGAUUUUCUCAUUGGCAGCAAUAGAAUGCUAGUAAUCAAUAUCACAUCCUCAUUGCAGACAAUUGAUGUGAGGGUUUCAAAACAAACAUUUGGGCUGUGCACAUGUUCCAGAAACAUGUGGUUGGGACACAGCACACUCUAUACAUCGUUAUUGAUUUACAUAUAUUCCUUAUGAAAACACAUCAGGGCAUUGGGUGCCAAAACGGGCAGGGUGAGCUUUCAUAACUGAGGGUUGUCCGAUUGCAUCCAAUUGCCAGAUCCGCUCUUUCGAGAACGUGUUGCGAUCUCCAGGAGCUUUUCCUUGGUGACAUCUCCGAGUAAGCAAGCCCACGACCAUAUGCUCGAACUGCACAGUAGGCCCUGCGGUCUUGUUCCGACUUGUGCACCUUGCAGAUGUACCCAGGUAUGCUGGCUUUGCCAAAGCUGAGUUGUGACGCGGCCCACGUAAAAUUGCAACAUCUCCGGGAUGAAGAGCUGUUUCUUCCCUGCAAGUUUGCAGACGUGAGGUAUGAGAACAUGCAUGAAGAUGCAAGAAGAAAACAGAGAUGAACAAUAGAGGGGGCCUUGUUCCUUCUUUCAAUAUUUUCAUGUUUUUUUUUGUUUUUUCUUUUUCUUCUUCUUCUUUUUCUUCUUCUUCU